GAGAACAACAACAAAAAACGCAAUUCAAUUGUAUAUCUCUCUUCGAUAACAAUGGUAGUCGUUGGUCGCAAUAACCUGACCGUUUUUGAACCCACAACUAUUGGAAGCGUUUUGGUGAAAGAGGGUCGGUCGCCGUCAACUUCCCGACUGGCUCGGCUCGCUCUAGUGUUCCGUCACUCAUGUGAUGAUAUUAGUACACCACGUUUACCAAAUAGCACUUUCUACUGUGAUGAAGGUGAUAAAUUCCUGAUGUUAGUUGUUCCCUUUUGUUUUCUGAACAACCCAUUCUUGACUUAAAAAUUUGAUUACGAUUGAAAGUGUCUAGUUGUGCAAAAUCCUGUUGUUUCUCUUUCGUUUUCAGAAAUUAUCUCAGGUUCGAGUGGUGGGGGUCACGUGUGCUGCCUGUGUGUUUCCUUGCCUGGAUAAGUUGAAGUUUCAAGUAUGUUGAGUGGCUAACUGUAUUAGAGUCCUUUUGAUUCUGAGACUAGAACGACUAAUUAACUACCCUGCGAGCAGAGGCUACAUUUUCGCUGUGUGAGCUGGCGUUCAGCUCACACAGCGAAAAUGUAGCCUCUGCUCGCAGGGUACAAAUUAACAAUUAUUCCUCAAGCCCGAAUGGGCUCUGCGUCAAUAGCCGAUGAGGCCGAAGGCCUCAUGGGCUAUUGACUCAAACAUUUCCCACACAGGGCAACCAAUCUGCCAUGACACGUACACUUACCCAGACAUGCCAAGUUAUUUAGAGAGAAUAUUGUUAGGAUUUGACUUGUCAUUAUUUUAUCAUAUUUAUCUGUUUGAUAGAUUCUACUCCUGGAUGAAUGUAGUCAAAUGACAGAACCAGCUUCUCUUCUACCCAUGGCCAGGUGAUGAUCUCAAACAAAUCUUUGAUUUUUAUUCAUAUCCUAGAUGGAUAAAGAAGAUGAAAUCUGUACUUUUGAAGAAGAACCUUACUGAAUGUAUUUAGUCUGCGUUUACUUCUUGUGGUUCCAUUUAGAUUUGAAUGUCAGAAACUCGUCCUGGUUGGUGACCCAAAAGUAAGUAGAUUGAAUAACUUGUUCUACGGUGACCAUAAAGGCCGCCAUCCUUCACUCUAUCCAACAUUCCCGUUCGAGGUCUUCCCGGGAGACUCUUCCGUACUCGAUUCUCCCCUCAAUCACUUACAGGACAAAAUCACCAUGCCGUAGGCUAUGACCAAGCCAGAUUCUCUGUCUUCUUUUGAUAACAGAUGCCCUCUACUCACCGAAACACCUCAAUACUUCUUUGUUACAGACUUUGUCAGACUAAGAAACGUUUAAGACCUUCCUCCGCAUAUAGCUUCAUGAUAAGCAGGUCAAACUCUCCUGUCCAAAUCUAAGUUGCAUGCAUAUCUCCCCUCGCAAUGAAGAUUAACCUUGACUAUUCUUAUUUAUCUAUCAAUUCAUUUGUCCUGGCUUCUUUUGAAACCUCAGUUCCCUCAGGCAAUCUCUAGUUUUUCUCUUUCUUUGUUGGUUCAGUCGCGUUAUAAAUGGUAAUUUUCCUCUAAGAGAAGUUGAUAUAGAGAGACGUUUUGAGCACAAAUGUCUAAAGAGUGUAAAUACAAUAAUUAUCCUGACCUUGUUCUUAUUUAGCAAUUGAGUCCUACGAUUCAAGGUUCGGAGCCUGAACACGAAGCUGGCCUUGAGCAAACUUUGUUUGAUCGACUUAUGAAGAUGGUAAGUUUACCUGGAUGGCGUAGAAAAUAAUAUACAGGCUUAACACAUCUAUAAAAAUCCAGUGUCGGUAACCUAAUAAUAUCAAUCAAAAAACAGAGCCUGGGCUUAUUAAUAACGCAACAGUCAAACACAAUACAGAUCACGCGCUUAUCACGAACUUAACAAUCAAGCAAAAAAUUGACCACGAUCGUAUCAAACACCAGUUGAGGAGUUGCAAACAUUUUAACCAUUUUACUAAUGAACAGUUACGACUUAUCGGUAUUUCGAGUAACAAUAUCGCCAGCUGUCCCCUUUGAAACACAAAAUAGACCGCGCGCUUACUACUAACGUAACAAUUAAAGGAAAAAACAGCAUACGCGUAACACUAAAUAAACCAUCAAACACAAAAUAGAGCUUGCGCCUAUCACUAACACAACGAUAAAACACAAGGCAGACGGUGCGCUUAUCACUAACAUAACAAUCAAACACAAACACAGCGUGCUGUAUCACUAACGUAGCAAUGAAUUACAAAUAUAGUAUGCGCUUAUCACUAACGUAACAUAAAAAUACAAAACAGAGCGUGCGCUUAUUACUAACGUAGCAAUAAAGUGUAAAUAAAGUGUGCCCUUCUUACUAACCUAACAAUCUAACACAAACAUAGCGUACUUUAUCACUAACGAAGCAACAAAGUACAAAUAUAGUUUGGAAUUCUCACUAACGUAACAAUCAAACAUAAACACAGCUUGCUUCAUUGCUAACGUAGCAAUGAAGUAAAAAUAUAUGUACGCUUAUCACUAAGAUAAGCAAUCAAAUGCAAAACAGAGGGUGCAUUUAUCACUAACGUCACAAUAAAGUACGAAUAUAAUGCGCGCUUCUCACUAGCGUAACAAUAAAACACAAAACAGAGCGUGUGCUUAUCACUAACGUAGCAAUAAAGUACAAAACUAGCGUGCGCUUAUUACAAACGUUACAAUAAAGCACAAAACAUGCCGUGCCCUUAUCACUAACGUAACAAAGAGGUACAAAUAUAGUGAGCGCUUUUUACUCAGGUAACAAUACAGUACAAAUAUAGUGUGCGCUUCUCAAUUACGUUACAAUCAAACACAAAACAGAGCGUGAAUUAAUCACUAACGUAACAGUGUAGUACAUAUAUAGUGCGUGGUUAUCACGAACGUAAACAUGAAAUACAAAACAGAGCGUGCGCUUAUCACUAACGUCACAGUGAAGAACAAAUAUACUGUGCGCUUCUCACUCAUGCAACAAUAAAACGAAAAAACAGAGCGUACGAUUAUCACUGUUGUAGCAUUGAAAUAAAGUACAAAUAAAGUGUGCGCUUCUUACUAACGUAAAAAUAAUAAAGCACAAAACAAAGCGUUCGCUUAUCACUAACGUACCAAUAAACUACAACUAUAUUGUGCGCUUAUUAGUAACGUAACAAUCAAAUACAAAACAGAGCGUGCGCGUAUCACUAAGGUAGCAUUAAAGUACAAAUAUAGUGUGCGCGUAUCAAUAACGCAACAAUCAAACAAAAACACAGCGUGCUUUAUCACUAACGUAACAAUGAAGUACAGAUAUAGUGUACAGUUUUCACUGACGUUACAAUCAAACACCAACACAGCUUGCUUUAUUGCUAACGUAGUAAUAAUAAAAUGUUACCUUAUCAGUAAAAUAACAAUCAAAUACGAAACAGAGCGUGUGCUUAUCACUGUUGUAACAAUGUAGUACAAAUAUAGUGUGCGCUUAUCAAUAAUGUAAAAAACAAAUACAAAACAGAGCGUGCGCUUAUCACUGAGGUAACAAUGAAGUACAAAUAUGGUGUGCACUUCUCACCAACAUUACAAUCAAACACAAAACAAAGCGUGCGCUUAUCACUAACGUUGCAAUAAAGUACAAACAUAGUGAGCGCUUAUCACUAACGUAACAAUCAAGUACAAAACACAGAGCGCGCUUAUCACUAACGUAGGAAUAAAGUACAAAUAUAGUGCGCGCUUCUCACUAACGUAACUAUAGAACACAAAACAGAGCGUUCGCUUAUCACUAACGAAGUAAUAAAAUACAAAUAUAGUGCGCGUUUAUCACUAACGCAACAAUAAAAUUGAAAACAGAGCAAGUGCUUAUCACUAACUUGUCAACCUGCUACAAAUAUAGUGUGAGCUUAUCACUACCGCUAAAAUCAAUUACCAAACAGAACGUGCGCUUAUCACUGACGUAAUGGUAAAGCACAAAUGUAGUGUUCGGUUCCUACUAACGUAACAAUAAAGCACAAAACAGAGCGUGGACAUAUCACUAAAUUAACAAUGUGAUGUAAAAAGGGUGUGCGUUCAUCGCUAACGUAACAAUCAAAUCCAAAACAGAAAGUGAGCUGAUCACUAACGUAACAAUGAACUACAAAUAUGGUGUUCGCUUAUCAUUAACGUUACACUCAAACACAAAACAGAGCGUGCGCUUAUCACUAAAGUAGUAAUGACGUACAAACAUAUUGUGGGCUUAUCAUUAACGUAAGAAUCGAAUACAAAACAGAGCGUACGCUUAACACUAACCAAACAACGUAGUACAAAUUUAGUGUGCGCUUAUCUCUAACGUAACAAUCAAAUACAAGACAGAGCGCGCGCUUAUCUCGAACGUAGCAAUGUAGUACAAAUAUAGUGUGCCCUUCUUAGUAAGGCAACAUUAAAACACAAAACAGAUUGUCCACUUAUCACUAACGUAGCAGUAAAGUACAAAUAUAGUGUGCGCUUAUUACUAACCGUAACAAUCACCUGACCAAAACAUAGCGUGCGCUUAUCACUAACGUGCAAAUAAAGUACAAACAUAGUGUGCGCUUAUCAGUAACGUUACAAUCAUAUUCAAAACAGAGCGUGCGCUUAUUACUAACGUAACAAUGUGGUACAAGUAUAGAGUGCGCUUAUCAAUAACGUUACAAUCAAACACAAAACAGAGCGUUUGCUUAUUACUAACGUAGUACUGAAUUGCAAAUAAAGUGUGCGCUUAUCAAUAACGUAACAAUCAACACAAAAUAAAGCGUGUGCUUAUCACUGACCUAACACCCAAACACAAUAUAUAGUGUGCCCUUUUCACUAACUUAACAAUCAAGGACAAAACAGAGCGCGCGCUUAUUACUAAUGUCGCAAUGAAGUACAAGUAUAGUUUGCGCUUAUUACUGACCUAACACCCAAGCACAAAAUAUAGUGUGCGCUUAUCACUAACAUAACAACCAAACACAAAACGGAGCGUGCGCUUAUUACUAAUCUUGUAAUAAAGUACAAAUAUAACAACUAAACACAAAAACAAAGAGGGGCCGUGCGGUUAUUACUAAUCGUUGGUUGAAUCAAAAUGUAUACAAAUUUAACGCUGGUUAGCCCUAACCAUGCUUCGAGCAACCCGGGCCUGAGCGUGCGAUUGUCACUAACGAAGCAAUAAAAUACAAAUAUAGUGCGCGUUUAUCACUAACAAUCAAUUGCAAGUCAGAGCGUAGCAAUGUAGUAAAAAUAUAGUGUGUUCUUCUUACUAACGUAACAAUAAAACACAAAACAGAUUGUCCACUUAUCUCUAACGUGGCAAUCAAGUACAAAUAUAGUGUCCUCUUAUUACUAACCGGAACAAUCACCUGACCAAAACAUAGCGUGCGCUUAUCACUCACGUAACAAUCAACUAGAAAACAGAGGUUGCGCUUCUCACUAACGUAACAAUAAAACACAAAACAGUGCUGGUGCUUAUUACUAACGUAACAAUGGAGCACACAUGUAGUGUGCUCUUAUUGCUAACGUGACAAUCGAAUACAAAAUAAGGCAUCUGCUUAUUACUAACGUAAUAAUGAAGUACAAAGAUAGUGUGCGCUCAUCAGAAACAUAUCAAUCAAAUACAAAACAGAGCGUGCUCUUAUCUCUAACGUAACAAAUGAAGUACGAAUAUAGUGUGAAUUUGUUAUUAACAUAACAAUCAAAUACAAAACAGAGCGUACGCUUAACACUAACGUAACAAUGUAGUACGAUUAUACUCUGCGCUCAUCGCUAACGUUACAAUCAAACACAGAACAGAGCGUGCGCUUAUCACUAAUCUAACCUGGUAGUGAAGUACAAAUAUAGUGUUCGCUUGUCAUUAACGUAAGAAUCAAGUACAAAACAAAUCGUCCGCUUAACACUAUCCAAACAAUGUAGUACAAAUUAAGUGUUUGCUUGUCACUAACGUAACAAUCAAAUACAAGACAGAGCGUGCGCUUAUCUCGAACUUAGCAAUGUAGUUAAGUACAAUAUAGUGUGCCGUUCUUACUAACGCAACCAUAAAACACAAAACAGAUUAUCCACUUAUCACUAACGUAGCAAUAAAGUACAAAUAUGGUGUACGGUUAUUACUAACCGUAACAAUCACCUGACCAAAACAUAGCGUGCGCGUAUCACUAACGUACAAAUAAAUUACAAACAUAGUGUGCGCUUAUCACUAACGUAACAAUCAUAUACAAAACAAAGCGUGCGCUUAUUACUAAGGUAAAGACGUGGUAGAAACAUAGUAUGCGCUUAUCACUAACGUUACAAUCAAACACAAAACAGAGCGUUUGCUUAUUACUAACGUAGUAAUGAAGUGCAAAUAUAGUGUGCGCUUAUCACUAACGUAACAAUCAAAUACUAAACAGAGCGUUCGCUUAUCACUAACGUAUGCAAUUAGAUACAAAUAUAGUGUGCGCCUAUCACUAACGCAGUAAUGAAGUACAAAUAUAGGGUGCGCUUAUCUAUAACAACAAUUAAAACCAAAACAAAGCGUUCGCUUAUCACUGAUGUGGCAAUAAUGUACAAAUAUUGUGUGUCCUUAUCAUUAACGUAACAUUCAGAUACAAAACAGAGCGUCCACUUGUCACUAACGUAACAAUCAAUUACAAACCAGAGCGUGCACUUAUCUCUAACGUAGUAAUGAUGUACAAAUAUAGUGUGCGCAUAUCACUAACGGAACAAAAUACAGAACAGUGCGUGCGCUUAUCACUGACGUAACAAUGUAGUGCAAAUAUAGUGUGCGCUUAUCACUUACUUUAUAAUCAAACACAAAACAGAGAGUGCGCUUAUCACUAACGUAGUAAUGAAGUGCAAAUAUGGUGUGCGCUUAUCAUUAACGUAACAAUCAAAUACAAAACAGAGCGUACGUUUAACACUAACCUAAGAACGUGGUACAAAUACAGUGUGCGGUUAUCACUAAUAUAACAAUCAAAAACAAAACAGAGCGUUCGCUUAUCACUGACUUAGGAAUAAAGAAAAAAUAUAGUCUACGCUCAUCACUGAUGUAACAAUCAAACAGAAAAUAGAGCGUGCGCUUAUUACUAAUCUCGCAAUGAAGUACAAGUAUAGUUUGCGCUUAUUACUGACAUAACACUCAAACACAAAAUAUAGUGUGCGGUUAUCACUAACGUAACAAUCAAACACAAAACAGAGCUUGCUCUUAUUACUAAUCUCGCAACGAAGUACAAGUAUAGUUUGCUCUUAUUACUGACCCAACACUAAAACACAAAAUAUAGUGUACGCUUAGGACUAACGCUACAAUCAAACACAAAACAGAGGUGGUGCUUAUUACUUCCGUAGCAAUGAGGUACAAAUAUAGUGUUCGCUUAUUACUGAGGUAACACUCAAACACAAAAUAUAGUGUGCGCGUUUCACUAACGUAACAAUCAAACACAAAACAGAGCCUUUGCUCAUCACUCAAGUCACUAUAAAGUACAAAGAGAUUGUGUGCUUGUCCCUAACGUAGCAAUGACCUAACAAAAUUGUGCUCCUCUCAUUAACGUAGCAUUAUAUUAAAAAAAUAUAGUAUAAUCUUAACUUAGUGUGUGCGUUAUCAGUAACGUAACAAUCAAACACACUGCAGCAUGCGCGCUCAUCGUUUACGCUAUAAUACAACACAGCUGCGAGCUUAACACUGACGUAACAAUCAAACAUAGGAACGAGUCGCGCGCUUGUCAAUAACGUAGGGUCGUGAGUUCCUUUCUCACCUGGCGCUCUGAUUUUUUUCUGAGCUUUCUGAGGGUUAGAAAUCUCCUUCCUCCAAACACAAAACAAAGUGCGCGCGUCUCACCGACGCAUCAAACAAACCUAACACAGUGCGCACGUUCACCACUAACACAACUAUGAACCCAAACCAGAGUGUGCGCUUAUCAGUAACGCAAGAAUGAACACAAAACAGAAUGUGUACCUACCACAAACUUAAUUUUUGACAGAGCUUGAGGAAGCAACGAGUUCCUUAAUUAAAUAGUGUAUCGAAUUGUUGUCUUACAAGCAGCGAAAACGCGUUUAGCCCUUCAUUUUAUUUAUACAAACUAUGAAUGUUUUUUAUCUUUUGCUUUUUCAGGGAUAUGAACCAACACUUUUAAGAACACAGGUAUUUUGCUCUAAAUAACCUUCUCAGCUGUCCUUCAGUUACUUGUUGUCUGGGUUAGACUGUUACUCUAUGAUGUAUCUGAUAAGCAUUUUCACGCUGAACCGAAAAACAAGAAAGGAAGUUAAACUUCUUACGUAAAGUUUGACGUUUCUUUCACAGUCGCUAUUAUUCAGUGGUAUACGAUUGUCAAUCUGAAUUCAAUUAGGGGUCGUCAAAUACGUGAAUUAAAUUGGAUUUUACGCAUCCUGAGGAAUCGAAUAUUUAUCGGACGUUGCUACUUAAAACUACAUCAAAGAGGCACUGAGUUACGUGGGAUGUUAGCAACUCUUUAAUGAAUUGCUACACUCCUUGUUAGUAAUAAUAACUAUAGUUUGCUCAUUUUUCAGUACCGUUGCAAUCCUGCAAUAAGUGCCAUAUCCAACAGGUUGGUAGUCUCUCCGCUAAAAUAUUGACUUAUUAACUUAUCACCCAGUUCUGCGUGAAGGCGUACAGGUUUUCUAUUCUGAUAGUUGUUAUCUCUUUCUUUGAUAUUUUGCUAACUCCCCCCAUAAUUUCCUGACUAACAAACUUUAAGACAAAACGUUUUCCGAGCAUUCAACCAUCCGAGCAUUUAUGAAGAAGAAUAUUCUCGCUCCGAACUUUUUUGAAAGACCUUCCGGAACAUCAGGUGGCAAAAAUCCUCGAAAAAUUUUUACGUCUAUCGUAAAAGAUGCCCGCGCAAAAGGUGAUUGAAAGUCUUAUGUGUUAACUUAAUAACAUGCCUCAUCAGCGUUACGUUUGAAUACAUUUUUUUUAUUCUUAAAUAUGAAAACGAGAUUUGAUUUCUUUUAACAGGCUGUUUUAUGACAACAAACUUCUCGAUGGUGUAUCUGCUGAGGAUCGUUCUCCAAUAGUGGUUAGUGAAUUUGAUCAUUUCACAAAUAUUCUUAAAAGGGUUUAUGUCGUAGUGUUUACAACAAAGUUUUGUAGAGUAAAAACAAAGUGGAAGAAACCUGCUAUGCACAGCCCUGAAGGUUUUCCAAAUCAAGCUUUCCAGUGGAUGAAUUUAUCCAUUUUACGUCCUUUGCCUUACGAUAGCUCGAACACGGCUAAUUAAUAUGACCAUUGUUUCGACCUUGACUGCCUUUACUAUCGUUCUAAACAUUUUGUUCUGUAGAACCUUGUUCCCACUCUUUGCUUCUACAAUGUGGCUAACGGAAGGGAGAAAUGCGGCAAUGAUGGCAGCUACUACAAUGAGGAGGAGGUAAAAGAAAAUUGCCCCAACCCCCCCUCCUAACCUGAUACAUUUAAUACGAGCAUCUGCUCUUGAAUGUGAAUGUAUUCUUAUAUUAUUAUUUACCUGUAACGCCUGCCCUUCGAAGCCGAAGAUUGAUGGCGUGGGGUCAGCUAAAUACUACGAAAAAAAGAAAAAUGCAAAGUACAUUUCUAGUUUACAGGACUGUGAUUGAAUGAGGAAACGGACUGUACAAAUUUAGUUAAAUUAGUGUUGUCAAAGAGAGACUGAGGCAGACAUUUCCACUGAGUGAUUGUACUAGGGUAGAAUGAGAGAAGAGGGAAUGUCUAGUUUCAUGUCAUUUUUGCCUCUGAUUUCUUUUGUUAUUAUUGUGUUUUUAGGCGAAAUUUGUUGUCUUUCUCAUCGAAAGCUUGCUGAAGUCUGGGAUGCAACCAUCACAAAUAGGUAUGUACUGUGUCCAGCUCUGUGGGCGUGGUGUUAGUGUCAGUUUGGACGCCGUAUCAAGAAUUCAGGGUUCACACCCUGUUUGAGUCACUGUGUUGUGUUCUUAGCUAAUAAACCUUACUCUCUCAUUGCCUUACUCCUGCACUCAGGUGUAUAAAUGGGUACCAGCGAAUUUAAUACUGGGGGAGUUUUUUGAUGGACUGGGGUCCCGUCCAGGGGGGAUAGAAAUAUUCCUUUUCGCUGCAUGCUACAGAAGAUCCAGCCUGAUGAGGCACUUGGCUCUAAUGCAAACUUACGUAGCCUACCUAGUGUUGAAGAAGUCUCGAAGACACAUACCAUUCAAUUCAAUACAAUUUCAGAAUUUAACUUCUAACUUCUCAUUAACCCAAACGCAAACUAUACACUUGGCAUAUUUUAAGUAGUUCUGUUAUUAUGCCCUCUGAUGAAAGUCCAAUAGCGGAGUACUAAAGCUUAUCGUUAAUGUUUUCGCGUCACCUUUGGUUUUUCAAUUGUACUACUUUGUGGUUUUCUUUAGGUGUGAUUACGCUGUACAAGAGUCAGCUUCGCACAGUAGCCAGCCAAUUAACAGCGUCUGGGUAAGAACGUUUAAAUGCAGAGUUGCGAUUCAUUAAUAACAUUGCGCUCAUCAUCUGACACAUCAUCUCACUUGAGAAAAAUUGCAAUGUUUAAAAGGAACUAAGAAUAUUCAAUCAUAAUACUUAAAUAAGGACAAUGGUAUAAGUACAGGAUCAAAAAUCGCAUUAUAUUGAUCAAUAUGCAGUUGAAUGCGAGCAAGGGGGGAAACGGUCCCUUGAAUACUAGCUGUAUUUGCUGUGCGGAGUGCUGUCUACAGUCUAGCCCAACAAAUCUAACAAAUCUUAACUGUUAUUUGCCGUACAUUGUUUCUGCAGGACUAUUUCUCACGCGGAGCUCAAAGCCAUUCAGGUGAAUACCGCAAACGUUUCGAGCGUCAAGGGAAUGGUGUCACUGCAAUAAUUGAUCGAUAAGAUUUACAGUUUUUGGCGUCCAUUUCCGCUGAGAUUUCUCAGAAAACCGUGCGUACAAGAAGACGAAAACAAACUGUGCGACCAUGACGUCAUUUCCAUUGUCUACUGUUAUUGACCAUAGCUCUCGACCAAUCAGUGCGCGAGAAAUCGCUCUGUUAUUGUAAAAUUAUUUUUUUGCUCUCUUCUUUUGAACCAGAUAUCAACUGUUGAUGCUUUUCAAGGCGGGGAGAAGGAUGUUAUUAUAUUGUCCUGUGUUCGUACAGAUCACAUUGGAUUCAUUGACUGUGACAAGUACGUUUGGCUGCUAAACCCAGUAUUGUAUAUCUUGUGUUAGGUAGUCAACCCUACCUAAGGCCGAAUUCGUUGCGGCUUACACUAAGUCUCGUUGCUCAAGAGGUGUUUGCCGUAUAGAAAGUCAAACAAGAGGAAAGAAGAACGGAAGAGUGUUGAUGACGUUCAGAUUAUGACUUGCAAGGGGAAUGGGGCGAGCGUGGGCUCCCUGUUCAUUUAGCAUUAGAAAUGUGUUCAAUUUUGCUAAAUAUACGUAAUUCUAUUUAAAACUAAUUUAACAAUAAUUUCAUUUCAUUUCAUGAGUAGUAAAUAAUUCUCUCCUUUUUUUAUCUUAGACGCAGUAAUGUUGCCCUAACAAGAUCGAAGAGGUUUGUACAAGCUUUUUCGGUGAUCUUUACUUUGGUUUAUCCUUGUCUUUCUUGACGGUCCUUCGUGUUUGUCCUUACCUUGUUUUCCUUAAGGGAUACAUCAUACUUCUCAACAAAAUUGCGCUCGUUGAUAUUAUAUUUAAAUCGAAGAUACUGCUCGUAAGCUGGUUUUUGUUUCUUCCCAGGCAUUUGCUCAUUGUUGGCAACCUUAAAAUGCUGUCUUGUAACGCUGUAUGGGGGAAAGUCAUCGAACACUGUGGAAGUAAGUUGCUUAUUUCCCCCCCCCUUUUCUUUCAUGAUAUAAUCAGGCCAAAUUUUUUUCAGUUCCCUUGAUAGCCUUCGAUUCAUGCCAAUAAAUUACGGAAAAAAUAGAUCACCAUAGCAGGCUUAAAAUAAGAUCGUGUUCCAACCAGAUCGCUUGGUAAGGAGUCGAUUCUCAUUGUAUGGACCUUAGUGAAAUCAGCGACUGAUAUCACGAGGAAGUUAAAUCUGAAACUAGAUUAAAAGUCUGACGUACGCGCGGUGCCACUGUAGGGUAUUGGAGCUCCUGCCAUUGUCGAUUUUUGUACUGUUUGCGCCAGAGACUGGGUCAGUGUUGUGUUGCAUCGCAUUGUGAAACUGUUAUUGGUGACGAAUUCUGCCCUAGUUUCUGCGCAAUGUCAUAAAAAAGAGAAAGCAUCUCCAAUAAUGUACCACCGCGAAAUACGACACAACACCGACUCAGGAUAAAGAGAAACCUCAACAUGCCGAUAUGCAACGAAAAGAUUUUAACGUCAUUGUUUUAAUUUCAAUAGAUUUUCCAAACGGACUUUGCUACUCAGACGAGUUUAUAGAGAAGUGUCAAGAAAAGGAGUCGAAUGCUUUGAACGAAGGU